AUGGCUACAACAACAAAUUUUAGUGCAAUGAAUGGUUCGCUGAAUAUGUCUACUCCGCCACCCCCACUUCCACCACCACCACCGCCACCCCCACCUGGCGAGUGUGAACCCCAACUCAAGAAGCUGAAGGUGGAAGGCGAUGUUCAGCUAUCGCCAUCUUCUGCACAACCAUCGCCAGAUUCAGACUUCUUACCUGGUCCAAUAUACAAUUUAGCGCAGUCAGGACCUCUUGUAGCAGGUCCUGGAGCCCGGAAUACGACGAUUCCCGGCCUGCUUGGGGCGGGGCUUCCGAAGCUGAAUCAGGAGCAGCAGGAAGCGGUGACCCGUGCCAAGAAAUAUGCCAUGGAACAAAGCAUCAAGAUGGUGCUCAUGAAACAGACGCUAGCACAUCAGCAGCUGGUUAUGGUCGUAUGUGCUUAA